UAUACUAUGAUAAAAAUUAUACUAUGAUAAAAGUUAUACAAUUCCCGCGUAUUUUGAAGUUUACGAUUUUCACUUUUUCAGUUUUUCACUCGCUACUCAGUUUUUACUUUACUUAGUAUACACUAUACAAGUUAGUUAUUAUAUAUCGUCUAAAAAUGGAUCUUGACAUCAUCAAUCAUGAUCACAAUUAUUUUGUUGUACAAGAACCCGUUGUCGAUCAUAAUGAACCUCUGCUUCCGGUUGCUGUAGCAAGACCACAGUCCUACAUUGUAGUUUUAGGCAUUCAAAGAGCUACAGAAAUUAUAAGGGAUAAUCUUGGGUUCAUGUACUAUAAGAAUAAAGUAACAGAUACUAAAAUUUAUUUGUCAUGUUACGAAAAAAAAUUGGAAGGACAGUGCCAUGCAACUGCUCAUAUAUCUCCGGACCGCAACGAUGAUAGGUUGACACUGUCAAAGCUCCAUUGUCAUGGUGUCAGAGAGUCCAACCUCAAUGUCCCACUGCUUCGACAGGAGAUAACUGAGAGAGCUUUAGAGAAAACAAUAAAUUCAUAUACUCCACAUGGAAUUUAUAUGCAAGCAAUUGCAAAAGGCUGCAGAGAACUAUACAUUUCUACAGAGUGUAGAGAGGAUGCGGCGUUUAAGACGUACGUUUUUCCUUCAGACACCACGAAACCUGGCAAAUUUGCACGAUUUAUUGACGGCAGCUGAUAAUGAAUGUUUUGCAAUGACACUACAAAAUUCUCCUAACGGGUUAAAGUUUUAUCAAGGUCCAUUGCUUAUAGAGGGAACCAUGAGUGGAGUCAUUUUUUGUAAUGUAGCCAAUAUAAAUGCAAUUGCACCAGAUUUGAG